UUGUUUGCCUGUAUCUGCAAGCUUUCUGCUGUUAAAAUAUCUUUGUUGAAUCUGCCUGUCUCCGAGUCUGCAUUUGGGUCCUUCCUGUCUGUUCGGCCCCUGCAUUGUAACAUUAACCGCUGAAAGACCAAGGACUUCCUCAAAGGUUUCACAAGAGCGAGAUAAAUGAUAGAUGGCAAAGCACAGCACAUUCAGACUCAGACUCACAUUCAGACACGCUGCACACCAUUAACUAUCAAACAUCAGACAGAUAGGUGGCACAAUGGAUUUGGGAGAAGUGAUCUACACGUUGUUGGAGGUGCUCAUUGCUGUCAGCUGCUGUCUCGGUAACAUGUUGGUUAUUUUGGCGCUGUGGACCAGUAAAAGCAUUCAGCAGCCCACCUUCUGCCUCAUUGUCUGUCUGGCUGUGGCUGAUUUCAUGGUCGGCUGCGUGGCCAUACCGCUGGCUGUGGUGGUGGACGGACGAGUGAAGACUUCAUUCCACGGCUGUCUCUUCAUCAGCUGCGUGGUCAUCCUGUUGACCCUCGUCUCAGUUUUGUUUCUCGCCGCUAUUGCAGUGGACCGCUUCCUCCGGGUGUUUAUCCCUUUCAGGUACAAAAGGACUGUAACACAGAGACAUUCUUGGCUUGUGGUAGCAGCAUGUUGGCUUGUUGCGAUACCACUGAGUUUUGCUCCCAUGCUUGGAUGGUACAACCAUGAAACCUUGUCCAAUUCAGUCAACUCUACAAUUACCUGCCAGUUUAUAGCCGUGAUCCCCAUGUCAUACCUGGUUUAUUUCAACUUUUUCCUUUGCACCCUCGCACCUCUGUUGAUGAUGACCGUAUUGUACGGCUACAUUUUCUACACCAUCCGAGGAAACCUUCGAGAGAAACCGGGCAACGGGGCCCAAAAACAGUCUCAGAACUACCUGAAGAAAGAGAAACAGCUGGCGGGAUCUCUGUCUCUGGUCUUGGCUCUGUUUGCCCUGUCCUGGAUCCCUCUCCACAUUAUGAACUGCAUUGGUUACUUUAGUGGGCCGAAUAAUGUACCAGUCAAAGCUUUCUAUGUUGGCAUCCUGCUUUCUCACGCUAACUCGGCUGUAAACCCAGUUGUGUACGCGUUCAAAAUACCAAAGAUCAAGAUGGCGUACCUGAAGCUCUGGAGACAGUGUUUUGCAUGUGGAGAAGAAAAUCAAGGAUCUCAGACAAGCCAGACGACGGACAACAAUCUCAGUAGUAACAUGAAUAGUGUGCCCAAAAGUGAGUGAAGGAAGACUUCCU